AUGGGCCUUGGCCGACAGCGGUCAGCGGUGACCCAGCCUCUCGGCCAUGGGAUAAGAAAUUCGUGUGGCCUACCGGCGACGUCCCUGCCUUGCGGCCAUGGCACGUACACAUCUCCGCGCCUGGAAAGCGAGGGCGCGCUGACCAAGAGGGCGCGGGGCGACGGGGCGGGGGCGGCGGGCGGGGCGACGGGGCGGGGGCGACGGGAGGCGGGGGCGACGGGGCGGGGCGACGGGGGCGGGGGCGACGGAGGCGGGGGCGACGGGGCGGGGGCGACGGUGGCUGCUUUGGCGUCAACGCACGCGCGGCGGGCAGGCGGCGGCGGCGGCGGCGGCCCCGGCGGCGGGGGGGCGGGGGAGGGGGAGGGGUGGGGGGGGCGUCGGGCCCCCACUGUCCACCUGCGCGGGGAAGCGCGGCGGCGCCCCCCGAGCGCAAGGCCAAUGGCUGGGCGCCGCCGCGAUCUCAGCGCAGCGCCGGCCUCCGAGGGCGCUUUUAAAAUCGCCGGCGGGCGCCCAAUUUCCUGCCAGUGUGUAGUGACAGCUUCCGCCGCCUCGGUCGCAGGUGAGUGCAGCUGGGGGCCCUUCCCGCGAGCCCCUUCGCGCGAACCGCGGCUGCCCGACGCCUCCGGGAGGCUGCUCCUUUGGGAAGGAUUAUCCGGGCGGAGUUGCUGCGGCGCCUCUUCUCCGACCAGGGACAGUUCCCCAAAGGGAAUCCGCAGAGACAGAGAAAGCAGCUGA